GUGGGGAACGAGGGCUUGGCCUCGGAGGACGACACCGACACGGAGGAGGCUCUGAAGGAGUUUGACUUCCUGGUGACGGCGGAGGACGGAGAGGGAGCCGGAGAGGCUCGGAGCUCCGGAGACGGGACGGAGUGGGCGGAGCCUCUCCCGUUCCCUCCCGGCGGGGGGAAGUCCUUCCUGUUGGGCGGCGACGACGUGAUGGAGAGCGUGCUUGGGCUGGGCGACCUCGCCGACCUCACCGUCACCAACGACGAGACGGACUACAGCUACGAUCUGCCGUCCAAUAAGGAGUCCUCGUUCAGGAAGACGUGGAACCCGAAGUACACGCUGCGGAGCCACUUUGACGGCGUGCGGGCGCUGGCCUUCCACCCCGUGGAGCCCUGCCUGGUCACCGUGUCCGAGGACCACACCCUCAAACUGUGGAACCUCACCAAGACCGUCCCUGCCAAAAAGUAAACUUCACACCACACUGAAAUGUUUCUGUUUGUCAUGCGAAUAAUUCACAAAGUGAG